UAGGCUAGAUCAAAUUCAUUCGACAAAAGAGUUCUGUUUUCUUCAACAGCGCGGAUUUGAAAUGGCGACUUCAUGCAAAAACAGUAUUACUUUGAGAGGUUCCACUGAAAUUGUGACAGAAUUUUUCCAUUAUGGUCUGCACAGCAUCCUGUAUCAGCGAGGCUUGUACCCGCCGGAGACGUUCGCCCACACCCAGCAGUGGGGGCUCACUAUGCUGGUGUCAUGUGACAAAGAUCUUCAGACAUUUCUUGGCAAUAUCUUGUGUCAAGUGAAAACCUGGCUGACUGACAUGACCGUGGAGAAGUUAGUUCUGGUUGUAAAGGAAGUAGGCACAAAUAAUGUCGUCGAGCGCUGGCAGUUUGAUGUCGAGUGUGAUAGGACGGUCACUAAGGAUACCAAACGAGAGGUCAAAGACAAAGACAUUCAAGAUGGGAUACGUGCCGUGAUACGACAAAUUACUGCCUCUGUCACUUUCCUACCUUUGCUGGAGACUCCGUGUAAUCAGCGAAAAGUGCGCCCAAUAGGAGGCUACACUGCAGUAUGAGAUAUCAUCUGUUGAACAAGUCGUUGAAGUCGUUGACUUUUGCUGUUAUGAAUACACCACCCCUCUCUAAUUUCAAGGUGGAAGGUUUCUGCUGAGUAUUUUCCAUCCUGUGUGCCCUUUCAUAUCAGAGUGUUUUUUGUCGGGUUUUCAAUAAUUUCCAUACUCAUACAACACUUAGGUAGCUAUAUAUGAAUUAUUCAUGUAGGUCCUACUGGUUUUUGGAUCAUGGGAAAAUGUGUCUUUAUUAUUAGAUAAAUAGAAAUGAACGGUCAGGGCAUGUUUGGCAGUCGUUAUUUCAGUUUGUCCACGCGAAUGUAUUCCUUUGGACAUUGGGACCAGGGCAUUCUAGUUUGUUGAAAAGAUUUGAUCUACACGUUGUCUUUGAAUGUCAUGUACCUUGAUGCAGUCUCUUGUACCUUGAUGCAGUCUCUCCACCCAAAUCGGGAGCAAUAUGGAUUUGUACUUUCUUUGAAAUUACAAUUAAAAUUGAUUUUAUACAAAGUG